GGUUUUUCUGAAGAAGUUUUACCUACUGGAUAUCAUACUUCAUAUUCACAAAAUCAAGAUACCUUUGUGAUUGAGAUCAAUAUACAGAUAUGUCUACAAAUGGAAAGAUUUUAUCCUGAUAGAUGGGCUUUCUAA